AUGGCUGCUGGAUUCGGAAGCUCCUCGUACUAUGAUAGACGGUUCAGACAAUCCCCCGCCCUCAUUCGAGCACGACGACCUUACCUCUUCAAGAAUGUCCUUGUUGGGUCUGCUACAGCGGCGAUUGCGAUUGGCGUUUAUGUAUACACCAUCAACGUCAUCGGACAGGACGAGUUCGAAGAUGUAAAGGUCCCUAGUGCCCCAAGUCAACCCGAGAAUAAAUAA